UACAGGUGUCAGAGUUUGGACAGUGUACAUGUAUUUGACUUCGAACAACGCACCCCCUAGGUACCACCGCUAACUAUGACUGUAGAGGGACAGUAGGAAGAACUUUAGCUCUACGGGAAAUUUGGAUUGACAUACCAUAGAGAUAAAAGAGAAAUGGAGGAGAGAGAACCGUCUACGAGUCGUCAGAGCAACCCCGAACAGCCUCAGCCAUGGACUGCCGAGAGCCCCCCACCCAGCCGCUCGAGCCCUCCGCCCCAGACUCUGACCCCCGUCCAGUCCAUUCAAAACAAUGAAGAAGACCAGGAUUUCCAUAAAAUUCCAGAACAAGGAACUCAACAAAGUAAAGGAUGCUUAAAGAAACUGAAGCACGGACUCAAGUCUCUGUGGACGACUCGUCUCACCCUGGAGUCGGACGACAAGAAGCUCCAGGUCCGGACCACACUGAAGGAGCUGGUGGUCUACAUCCUCUUUCUUGUGCUGCUCUCCAUAGUGGCGAUCGGCAUGACCAGCACAUCGAUGUACUACGUCACAAAAGUCAUGAGCGAGUUAUUUUUGGACUCAAGUUCCGGAAGCGUGUCCUUCCGGACCGUUGGGAGUGUCGGAGACACGUGGACGUUUCUUCAAGGAAUCCUGCCCUCCGCCCUCCACUGGAACCUCUGGUACAACCGCUCACUCCCCUCCUCGUUUGUCUUUUACGAGAACAAACUGCUGGGAUUGCCCCGAAUCCGACAACUGAAGGUCAGCAACAACUCCUGUGUUGUGCAUGAAUAUUUUCGUGACAUCAUCUUUGAUUGCUAUGGUGAAUAUUCGGAAUCAAAUGAAGAUAGAAACAGUAAAUAUGAUGUCGACAAUUACACGGCUUUCACGUAUCAGUCCGAGGCCUCACUGGAUGGAAGCAGCAGUGAGGGUAAGCUGACGUCAUACAGCGGGGGAGGGUUCGUGCAGAAUCUGGGAACGACUAAGUUACAAACGACACAGAUUAUGGAGCACUUGUUCAGGAAGAGCUGGAUCACUCGAGGAACACGGGCUUUGUUCAUAGAUUUCACCGUGUAUAACGCCAACGUGAACCUGUUCUGCGUGGUCAGACUCUCAGUAGAGUUCCCAGCCACGGGAGGAGCGAUGACGUCAUGGAGUUUCCGCACGGUGAAACUACUGCGCUAUGUGACCGUCUUUGAUUUUUUCGUCCUGGCCUGUGAAGGAUUCUUCGCCUUUUUUAUUCUGUACUAUAUCAUAGAGGAGCUGCUAGAGAUAUCACAUGUCAAGCUUGCGUACUUCAAGAGUGUCUGGAACCUUCUGGACAUUACGGUCAUCAUUAUAUCAAUCGUUAUCUUGGUGUUUGACGUCUACAGAACCGUCACCGUGGACAAAAAGCUCAAGGAAUUGACCAACAAACCCGACCAGUUCCAAGACUUCGACUUCAUUAGUCUCUGGCAAAUACGUUUUGACAACGCCAUUGCUAUAACUGUCUUCAUUGCCUGGGUCAAGCUUUUUAAAUACGUCAGUUUUAACAAAACGAUGACACAACUGACGUCGACUCUUGCUCGUUGUGCCAAGGACCUGGCGGGGUUCGCUGUGAUGUAUUUCAUCGUCUUUCUGGCUUUCACACAGCUGGGGUAUUUACUGUUUGGGUCCAAGCUCAAAGAUUUCAGCGAUUUUACGAGUUCGUUUUUUGCCCUCUUCAACAUCAUACUCGGCAGUUUUGAUUUCUACGCGCUCCGUGAAGUGGACCCCUACCUGGGCCCCACAUUCUUCAUGCUAUUCAUCUUCUUCAUCUUCUUCAUAUUGGUCAACAUGUUCCUGGCCAUCAUUAACGACACGUACUCCGAGGUGAAGAGCGAGCUGGCCAAUCAGAGCGACGACUUCCAGAUCUCCGACUACUUCCUCACUAGAUAUAGAAAAACGCUGGGCAAGAUCCACGCUAAAGAGGACCGUGUGUUGGACUUGGACGACGUGCUGAAGUACGCUGACGCCAACGCUGACGGCAAGAUAGACUUUGAUGAAUGGAGACAGGAUCUGAUCAAACGUGGUUAUGCCAAUGGCGAAAUCGAGGCUCUAUUUUGUAAAUAUGACGCGGACGGUUCCCGGUACCUGGACCAAGAAGAACAAAUGAGGCUCCGCCAGGAUCUUGAGAAACAAAAGGAACAGAUAACCAAGGACUAUGACCAUCUCAACGAGACCCAGAAUCAGGCCAGCGAAAAUGAUGACAGCGACAACGACUCCGUCACGGGUGGAUCCGCUCCCCGCGGCACUAGGGGCGGGUUCUCGGGUGUGCUGUAUGAGGAGUACACUCACCUGUGUCGCCGGGUGGAGCGGAUGGAACACGCUGUGGGCGGGAUCAUCGGUAAAAUCGACGCCGUUCUCUCUAAACUAGCCAAUCUGGAAAAGGCGAAGAUCCGGAGACGUGACGCCAUUGCCAAGAUCCUGAAUUAUUUAAGUGAGGGAGACAACAAAGAUCAGGUCAACAAGGAAAUGAUCGAGUCCAUGCUAAAACAGGAACUGUCGCAGCAGGAGGGGGAGGAGACAGGCACCGGCCAAUCAGAGGGGUCCUUGCCAACCUCCAUCAGAGAAUCCCCUGAAGUCACGUGCUACACCGACAAUGAAGAAGACAAGACCUAUGAAUAAAAUUUACAGCCGAACAAAUAAGAAGCUUUUAUAAACUGUGCACAUGUUAUAGUCUAGAAUUUCACCCAGCAGAAUAGAUUAACAUGAAUGUUAACGUUGUAUGGCGUUAUUGACCUCAGUUAACUCAUUGUAAUUGUCAACAUCACAAUAUUAAAUGCAAUCCAAAGUAUAUUUUCUAAAGACACAUGACACGAUUAAUUUUUUUCUUCAAAAUUUGAAUCAUUUUAAAAAAAUUGAUAGAUUUUAACAGAACAACGACACACAUGACUCAGUCAUAUUUUUGAGCAUCAAAGAAAAUGGAAAAAAAAACUUGUGUUUUCGGAAUUAGAUAUUGAAGUCAUUUCUUUUUAAAAGCGAGCAUGUAAAUAAACAUCGAUUAUUUGUUUGUGGGAUGCACCCUUAGGCAAACACUGUAUAUCACUUGUUUAAUAUAUUAACCAAUCACUAUCAGUAACAUUUAGCUAUUAUAAAACCUGAUCCUUGAGAGAAAUAAAUCAUAUAAUACAUUCUACAUGCUGCAGUAAACAAUACCAUAUAAUGCCAUUAGGUACUCACUAAUGGUGACAGUCCGUUAAGUCACUUCUACCUUUAAAUUCGAAAAAAUGACAAUAUGCACCUGCAUCAAAAAUUGUAACCAUUUUUAAUGUACAUGAAUAUUAACACAUGAAAUAUAUUAUUGAUAUCAUGAUAUAUGUACAUGUAUGUACUGUAUAUAUUAAAAAAAUCAUGCAUAGGCAUCUUACUCCUCAAUGUGUGUUUGAAAAGUAUAUCAUUGAAAAAAUGUAAAUGAAACAUACUUCAAUAAAACAAGGAAAAUGUUCA